AUGUGGCCUGUUGAGAAUGACAGCUGCUUGUUUGCUGUUUCUUUGUCCGAGCAAGGGGACGCGCAGUCACGUGACAUCGCCGACAGCCUGACUGUGUCAGUCGCCAACAUCGUCUGCUCCAUGGUGUUCGGGAAACGCUACGACUACGAUGAUGUCAAGUUUGUGGAACUGACCAAAAUCAUAAACAAGCAAGUCGCCAAAUUCGGAUCGAGUCAGCUGAUGACCGUGUUUUCAUUUUUGCGAUUCAUGCCGGGAGUAAAUUCAUCCAACAGGAUUCUUGUCGAAUGUAUUGACGAGGUGCACGCAUUUCUUCGACAAGAAAUUACGAAGCAUCGCGAGACCCUGGACAACGAGAAUCCAUGA